CCUGACAGUCCUGCCCUCCUCCCCCCAGGGAGGCAGCACUGUCACUGCUUCUGCUGCCACCACCGCCGCCACUGCUGUUGCUGCCCCCAUUUGGGUUCCCACAUGGAUUUCCCACCUGGCCUGGGGGAGCCAGAAGCCUUGGCCCCUUUCGCUGAGCCUACCCUGCUGCCUUCCUCGGCCUCUGCCAAUGCAACAGAAGAACCGGGCCUCUUCUUCCCGGGGGCCGAGGGCUCUGAGAGCACCAGUACUGCCACCACACUGACCUACUACCACCGGGGACCAGCCACUGAUGCCUACAGACACUCCCCAGUGUGCCAGGUAUACCCAAUUCUCAACUGGAUGGAUGCAGGGCUCGGGGGAGCCCCGUAUGCGGCAGCAGGUUGGGCCUACGGUAAGACGGGGCUGUACCCGGCCUCAGCCCUAGCCCCUGCUGUUCGAGAGGCCUCCCCCCAGCCAGCUCCCGAGGGCCCUGAGGUGAAAGGGAGCCCAAGGGGCUUCCUGGAGACCCUGAAGACAGAGCGGCUGAGCCCAGACCUGCUCACCCUGGGGGUCCCGGCAGCUGUGGGAUCCUCCCACUACGUGGCAGCGAGCUCCCCGGACUUCACUACUGCUACCUUCUUCUCGCCUGCUGGAAGCCCCCUCUCAGUGGCAGGUGGAGGCAGUACCUACUCUCCGAAGCUACGCGGGGCGCUCCCCCUGUCUCCCUGUGAGGCCAGAGAAUGUGUGAACUGCGGAGCGACUGCUACCCCACUGUGGCGUCGAGACGGUACCGGGCACUACCUGUGCAAUGCUUGUGGCCUUUACCACAAGAUGAAUGGGCAGAACCGGCCCCUCAUCAGACCCAAGAAGCGCCUGAUUGUCAGUAAGCGGGCAGGCACCCAGUGCACCAACUGCCAGACGACGACCACCACGCUGUGGCGACGCAACGCCAGCGGGGAGCCCGUGUGCAAUGCCUGCGGUCUCUACUACAAGCUGCACAACGUAAGCCUCCCCUCCAGGUUGAGGAUGACCUUCCUG